AUGGCGGCCAUGAGAGCUCGGCACAAGAUUCGAGCUCCUCGAAGGGGUGCCGCAUCUGCGCCGAAAGAAGACUUCGACACGAUCUGGACAGUUCUCGCGUCAUCACUCACAGAAAUUAACACAAAAAAUGCCUCCUCCCUUUCAUUCGAAGAGCUCUAUCGCAAUGCAUACAAGAUCGUGUUGAUGAUGCGGGGUGACGACCUCUAUGAGCGAGUCACCCAAUUCGAGGAGGACUGGCUGCGGGGUCAGGUCCAAAGACAGAUCACCGAGUCCAUCUCACCUUUUCUCGUGCGGGCACAGAAUGCGCAGAACUCUACGGAUGUGCAAGACCAGUCAAAUGAGAGGCGAGCUGCGGGGGAGCGCUUUUUGGCCGUCUUGAAGGAGGCGUGGGAAGAUCACCAGCUCUGCAUGGGCAUGAUCACCGAUGUUUUAAUGUAUAUGGACCGCAUAAUCUCCGCAGAUCGCACAAAGCCCUCCAUCUACGUCGUGUCCAUGGCUCUCUUCCGCGACCAUGUGCUCCGGGCUCCCGUUCGUCCUGAUUCUGAUAUCACCGUGGCAGAUGUGCUGGAGUCUACAGUGCUUUUCAUGAUCCACCUGGAACGCGCAGGUCAUAUUAUCGAACGGCCAUUGAUUGGACAUUGCAUGCAGAUGUUGGAGGGUCUCUACGAGACCGUCACCGAGGAGGAAAGCUCCAAGCUAUACCUCACCACGUUCGAACCAGCUUUCCUGAAAACCAGCAAGGACUUCUACAGGGAUGAGGGGCGCCGUUUAUUGGAGGUUGGAGACGCUGCAACUUUCUGCCGAAUCGCAUCUCAACGCAUAGCUGAAGAACACGAACGGUGCCGUUAUACACUCUCCACUAUGACCGAGCCGAGAAUUUUUGAAGUGCUGGAUAACGAAUUGAUCCGGAAUCAUAUCGAAGAAGUGGUUCAGCUGGAAGGAACAGGUGUUCGACACAUGCUCGAUCACAAGUUGCUGGAUGGGCUGCGGGAUGUCUACACUCUUAACGCCAGAGUGGACGAGAAGAAGGGGGCACUCACUAGGGCAGUGAGCAAGCGAGUAGUAGAACUGGGCAGCGAAAUCAACGCCUCGUCCAUUGCUCUGCCACCGACUCAGUCUACUACUGAUAAAGAUGCCGGCAGUGAGAAGAAGGAGAAAGGCAAAGAGAGAGAGCGACCGGUGAACCAGCAGACAGUAUUGGCGAUCAAAUGGGUCGACGACAUCUUGGCUCUGAAGCGGCAAUUCGACAAUGUCUGGGAGAGUUCUUUCAAGUCUGACCAGAAUCUGCAUAAGUCAAUCGAGGACAGCUUUAGGGAGUUCAUCAACAUGAAUGCCCGCAGCUCCGAAUAUCUCUCUCUCUUUUUCGACGAGAACCUCAAAAAGGGUAUCAAGGGCAAGACAGAGAGCGAGGUGGAUGCUCUUCUCGACAAUGGCAUCACGCUCCUGCGAUAUGUCAAAGAUAAGGACCUGUUCGAGAACUACUACAAGAAGCAUCUCUCCCGGCGGCUGUUGAUGAAGCGUUCUGCCAGCAUGGAUGCAGAGCGACAGAUGAUCUCUAAGAUGAAGAUGGAAGUCGGCAAUCAGUUCACACAGCGCAUCGAAGCCAUGUUCAAAGACAUGACCGUCUCUGAGGACCUCACUGCGAGCUAUAAGGAUCAUAUCGCUCGCAGUGCAGACCCAGAUCAAAAGCGGGUUGACCUGGACAUCAAUGUUCUUACCAGUACGAUGUGGCCCAUGGAGAUCAUGGUCAAUACUAAAGACGGCCGAGUCCAGCUACCCUGCAUCUUCCCGCGCGAGAUCGAGCAUCUCAAGCAGAGCUUCGAGAAGUUCUACCUCGACAAGCACAGCGGCCGGAAGCUGUCUUGGCAAGCUAGCAUGGGUACGGCGGAUAUUCGCGCCACUUUCCAACGGAGUAACGGCAAGACCCAGCGUUACGAGCUCAACGUGUCCACAUACGCACUUAUCAUUCUCGUCCUCUUCAAUGAUGUACCCGACGGCGAAUCGCUGACCUAUGCCGAAAUCCAAGCGCGCACCCGCAUCACUGACCACGACCUCAUCCGCAAUCUGCAGUCGCUGGCGGUCGCCCCGAAGACGCGAGUCCUGAAGAAGGAGCCCAUGAGCAAAGACGUCAAGCCUACGGACCGAUUCUUCUUCAAUAACGACUUCCAAAGCCAGUUCAUGAAGGUGCGCAUUGGCGUUGUCAGCGGGGGUGCGAAUAAGGUUGAGAACCAGGAUCAGCGUAAGGAGACGGAGAAGAAGAUGAAUGACGAGCGCGGUGGCAGCAUCGAGGCCGCCAUCGUCCGAAUCAUGAAACAACGCAAGAAGCUUGGUCAUCUUGGCUUGAUGAACGAGGUCCUCGCGCAACUGGCAUCUCGCUUCGUUCCUGACGUGAACAUGGUCAAGCGCCGAAUUGAAAGCCUAAUCGAUCGCGAGUAUUUGGAGCGUUUGGAUGAUGAUCCUGCCACCUACGGCUAUGUCGCAUAA